CGCACUCUACAGCAAAGCUGAGCGUAGCGAGACACCGCUCACUCACGCCUCACAGCGUUGCCACUGCGGAGACCGCUCACAGGCCAGCUGCAACAAGCUCUCCCAAAAGGAAGAUGACCUCGCUCCGCCGCGUAUUGCUCUGCCUCGCCCUCGGGGCGCAGGCCUUCGUGCGGCCCGCACAGCGGCUGACGCUCGGACGCCGCUCGCCCGCGCUCCGUGUCGCUGCGACCAUGUCCCUCGCCGGCAGCAAGCCGCUCAAGGUCGCCAUCGUCGGCGCGACGGGUGCCGUCGGCGCUGAAAUCAUUGGAGUAUUGGAGCAGCGCGGCUUCCCCGUCGAGGGCUCGCCGACGCUGUUUGGGAGCAAGGGCGGCAAGAGCGUCGAGACGAAGCAGUGGGGCACGCUGACGACGGAGGCCUUCAGUGUCGAGGCCACGAAGGGCUACGACGUCGUGUUCCUCGCGGCAUCGGGCGACUUCGCCAUCAAGUACGCGCGGGAGAUUGGUAAAGGUCUCAGUGAGAAUGGUGUGGUGGUGGACAACUCGUCGGCUUUGAGAUACGACGACGACGUGCCUUUGGUGGUGCCGGAGGUCAACGGCCAGCUCUGCGAGGGGAACAAGGUCAUCGCCAACCCGAAUUGUACCACGGCCAUCGCGCUCAUGGCGCUGUUCCCGCUCUUCCUCGCGUUCGGCCUCAAAAAAGUAAUAGUCUCCACCUAUCAAGCAGCGUCGGGCGCCGGCGCGGCCGGCAUGGCCGAGCUCAAGGAGGGCAUCGCCGACGCGGUGCAGGGCGAUGCCUACCUCGAGGACGACGGCCGCUUCGGCAGCAAGCCGAUCGCGAACACCGAGUUCGCGCACCCGCUCGCCUUCAACGUCAUCCCCCACAUCGACAAGUUCCAGGAGAACGGCUACACGAAGGAGGAGAUGAAGGUGACCUGGGAGUGCCGGAAGAUGCUCGGCUUCCCGCCGCUGCCUUCUUCCAGUGAUACGGGCAAGGAGCCCAAGGUGUCGUGCACGGCCGUGCGCAUUCCUACUCUCAGAGCGCACUCGGAAGCCAUCACCAUCGAGACGGAGAAGCCCGUCACCGUGGAAGCUGCUAGAGCAGUGCUUUCGGACUUCCCGGGCCUCAAGCUCAGCGACGACGUCGACAAGAACUUGUACCCGAUGCCCAUCACGUCCACCGGAAAUUAUGACGUGGAGGUGGGCCGCAUCCGCCGCAACGACGUCUUCGGCGAGAACGGCCUCGACUUCUUCAUCUGCGGCGACCAGCUGCUGCGCGGCGCGGCAUUAAAUGCGGUGCUCGUCGCGGAGAAAGCUAGAAGCUUCGCCUAGAUAGAUGGACCCCCUUGGAUAA